AUGACCAUCAUCAACUAUCACGAACUUAACCUGUAUUUACAAAAGCGGAAGAGAGUAAUUCGCCGUACAAGAGCACUUGUUCUCGUACUCGUAAGUAUCAGUUUAUCAUUAAUAAUUGCGUCAUCAAUACGAUAUGCACCGUAUGAUAGUGGACGUGUGCACGUUUCGCACUUCACAACCUUCUUCAAGUGUUGGUCUAACUUUGGUUUCUGUGCACCAAAAUCACUAGAAGCUAAAAUACUGAAUUCCACGACGAGGGCAAAGUAUGCCAUUGUUUCGAGUUGCGUAAAGGGGGUGGGGAUCUCUGAUGAGAUGGUUCAGGCCUCGGUAGCUAAUAAGCUGAUGUAUUGUGAAGAUCACAAAAAUGUUGAUUGUAUCAUAAACACAGAAUUCAGAGACUUAGUGGGAGACUUUCGAUUUAACGUGACCUAUAGACAGGAUCAGCUGUCUUCAAAAUGGUACAAAUUUCCUCUCAUUUUGGAAAAUUUAGAUUCGUACGAGUGGGUAAUAUGGUUAGAUUGUGACACACUCAUUCUAAAUCGAACAAAAAGUAUAGAAGACGCUCUAAAGAGCUCGGUGGAUGAUCAAAUUUUUGACGGGAAGGAUGUAAUCUUUACCGUCGAUCAUAAUGGUGUGAAUUUAGGUGCUUUCGUGGUACGUAACUCGGACUGGUCAAAGGUGUUUUUAAACCACCUAUACGAUCAGCGAGGCUCAGUAACUUUUGCACAUAAGUUCAAUUUAACACGAAAUCGCCGUUCUGCACCCUUACAAGAAGGUUGGGCAGAUCAAAACGCCCUGAUAAUUGUACAAGACUCCUUCUACUCUUUAGAACAGUUAACACGGCACACAUUGAAAAGCUCUAAACUUUCUGCCAUGCUUAACAACUUUUGCCUGGUGGACACAAGAUUUAUACAUCACCGAGUGUAUUGUCACUCAAUCAACUGUAACAAAUAUUUCCUCUGUUUAGCGCAGUCUGUGACACAGACAAUAAGAUGUGAAGUUCCGACCACACUCAAAGAUGCAUGCAAACAACAGAAAAAAUAUUUAAAUUUACAUCCAUGA